GUCAAACAAAACAUUAAAAAAACUCAAGAAAAUUUUGCAAAUUACACAGAAGAUUUAUUUUUUAAACAAAUUCGUUACCUGAAAAGUUAGUUUUUAGUAGGCGCUUCAAAUUUAGUGUUUAUUUUGUACCGUAUCGGACGAUUACAUUGAUCGGUCAUAACCUUACAUGACCUGUCACUUAAAACUGUUAUUUAAAAUAUAAGCUGAUUAUCUUAUUAUAGCAAAUUUAAUUAAAACUUGUACUGUUAAUUCCGUAUUACGCUUGUAUUUAUGCAAACCUAGAAUUAUUUCUUAUGUAUCGGCAUCGUGAUAGCGGUGUACUCGCAUCUUGUUCGUUGUGUUUAUAUUUGUAGAGCAAAAAUGUUUCUAAAGAGCCUUUUGUAUUAAGGAAACCUUAAGAUGUUCAAUUCAGGGAUUAAAGGAAAUCAAAGGUGUAAUGGCUUGUAUUCCUCACCUCAUGAUAUAUCUGUAGCGAGCAGCGUAGUUAAUACAAAAAACUAUAACAAUAGUAGCUUUAAAAACUUUAGAAUAGAGAAUAAGGAUGUAUUUAAUAAUAAACGGUAUGUCGACCCUCCUAGGAAAACGAUACACAAUAACAAGUCUUUCAAUGGAAACCGUCAGGCAGAUACGGUGACAACUCUUAAGGAAGAACCAGACUUUGAUGAAAAACCAUCAGUACACAGUAUUAUAGGUAUUAGUAACGCAGAACUGCACAAGUCAUUUUUAGGGGUAGAAGAUAAGAUUAAGAAAGAAAAUUUAAAAGUAACCCAUCACGAAGCACUGCAAAGGAUAGAAUACGAAAAAGAUGAAUUUAACUACUACCAACAGCAUUGGUUUAGUGUUAGUUUGGAGAAGUUCAAAAUGGAAGAUAGAUCUCGAGAGGAACGGAUUGAAAUCACCAGACACGAAUUCUUGAGGCAACUACAGCAGAUUCAGAGAAGCAACGUGGGGAAAAAGAACAAAAUGCCUGAGUGGAAGGAACAGCCCAGCCGAAAGAAUCCUUGGAGAAGUAAGACUAAAGAGGGGGCUUUUGUGGCCCCAAGAUUAUGCGAGGUUGAGAAUUGUGGAAAGAUUGCUCUGGCUUGUACGAGACAUUGUAUAGUGCAUAUAAUGUUGGACACUAAACAGGUGUUAUUCGAAUAUUGCACUGCCAAAUUUGCCGAUAGCAGUCAGUGCUCUGUGCCGGUGUUCGAUGUGUCCCAUGAGUUGCCUCUUUGUGCUGAACAUGCCAGAAAGAGGGAUAACUAUGGAUUGUACCACGAAGCGAAACCAAAGAAAAUUAGGAAACGAGUGAAGCCUUCGGCCAUGAUAAGGCCGCAAAAGAGGAACAAGAAGAAGAAAAAACCUCUUUCUAAGGCUAGUGAAGAUACGGUAACAGCUGUUGUGCCAAGUGCAAUAAUUAGGGAAAUCGCUAUGCCGUCCGGAGAAGCAGUACAAUCCAGCGCAUCGCCGCCGCCCACCGCCGAACUCGAAGUGGAAGACCUGCAGAUCGACCAGGUGCUCGAGCUGAACGACAACGGCCUGGAGCAGGCGCUGGUAAGCCAGGCCCACCUGCUCGAGGAGUCGGACAUCAGCAACGUGCUGAGCACGAUCCAGGUGGACGAGUUCAGCGACUUCUUCUCGGUGAACAGGAACGGGGAGUACGAGCCUUCGCGGGAGGAGGAGGAGGAGCUGGAGAAGGCGCUGGCCGCGGUGGACAACGACGUCAAGUCGCUGGAGAAGCUGAGUCAGUCGCACGGGUUGCUGGAUUCGCUGUUGGAUGAGCACGUUCUAACUGACUCUCUGGUCCAAAUACCGGAAAUGUUCCACAACGGGUACUCCGUCUGCGGCGACAACAUCGUAGCUCAGAGCGGCUCCUUCCUGCUACCGGUGGAGCCCCACUCCAACUCGUAGAGCCCCCCAAAAGGUGAAAGGUAGGACUCCCUGUCAAACUUUUUUCUAAUUCGUGCGAGCCGGAACUUGUAGAUGGUGUAAAAUAUGAUUAAACUAGAGAUUUUUUUUUUCGUUGAACAAGCUGAAGAAACUUGCGAUUAAAUGAUAUCUAAGUUCUUUUUUCUUUGAAGGUUAUUGUCAUACGUAAAAAGCUCACAUUUUGACGUUUUGGUUUUCUUGUUCUAUAUUGACAGUAGACAGCCUGUGACGUUACAUUAAAGGGCGAACAACUUAACAACUUUUUGAAACAACAGUUUGAGGUUAUAAUAAUACAAUUUAUUGCCUCAAAACACUUUAAAUAUACACAACAUAAUAUCAAACAAUUAGAUUAGCAAUGAGUUAUUAAUGUGCAGACAUCUGCAAGCAGAUACUGUUGAAACCCUUGAUUUUAAUUAAUAUAAAUAUACAGGGUGGUCCGAACUGUAUUCCGGAAACUUCGGCAGUA